CGACGGCAGACGGCAGGCAACCCCCCGUGAGGGUAUCCCCGUGGGCCAUAGCAUAGACCUAUCCUCGUACUACGACAUCCUCACGAACCUUUUUUGUCGCUCUCUGAACACGGAUUGUUCCCAAUCUCACGCAACCACUGCAGCUGCGACGACUAACAUAUCCGGAAACCCACUUGCCAAGAACCUCGGUAGCAAACUUCAGAAAACAGCGGCGAAGGAGAGAGAGAGUGAAAAGAAAAUGCCGUCAACUACUCCCACCACCAGUGUCCUCAAGCCGGGCAACACGGCCGUCAUCACCGGCGGAGCCUCGGGGAUCGGCCUGGCGCUGACAAAGAAGUGCGUCGCCGCGGGGAUGAAGGUGCUCGUCGUGGACUACAACCCGGCCACGCUCAGGAAGCUCUCCGAGGACAAGGAGCUUGGCGGCGGCGGUGGUGCUGUGAGUACAGUCGAGGCUGAUGUCAGCAAGGUUGAGGACUGGAAGAGGAUCCAGGGGACAGUCGAGAAGGACUUUGGCGGACAAAUCAACCUCCUCGCCCUCAACGCGGGCAUGCAGCAGAAGACGUCCUUUGACGAUGCCGACCCGGCGGGGUUCCGCGCCAUCAUGGAGACCAACCUGUUUGGCGUCAUGAACGGCAUCACCACUCUCCUGCCACUAGUCAAGGCCGGCGCCAAGAAGCAACAGCCGGGACCCAGCGGCGAAACAACGACGACAACAACGACAGCAGCAAUCGUCAUCACGGGCAGCAAGCAAGGCAUCACCAAUCCGCCAGGCAACCCGGCGUACAACGCUAGCAAGGCCGCCGUCAAGGCCUUGGCCGAGCACCUGUCGUUCGACCUGGCGCGCGACGCGCCAUCGGUGGCGGUGCACCUGCUCGUCCCCGGCUGGACGUGGACGGGACUGACGGGCGCGGCGGGCGGUGGGCAGAAGAACGAGGGCGCGUGGCUGCCAGAGCAGGUGGUGGACUUCCUGCUCAGCAAGAUGGACGAGGGCCAGUUCUGGGUGCUGUGCCCGGACAAUGAGGUGACCGAGGCAAUGGACCGCAAAAGGAUGCUCUGGAGCGCGGGCGACGCGGUCAACGGCCGCAAGCCUUUGAGCCGCUGGCGGGAGGAGUACAAGGGCGAGGUCGCCGAGUGGAUGGCCAAGGAGCAUUAGAAAAUGCACAACUUGGGUGGUGGGAGAACUCUGCCCGUGGGAGUGCCAUGGUUGAACCGGGCCCUGGACAAUAAAAAAAAGGA